UUGGACGUUUCUUCGUGACACCUAAAACCAAAGUCAAGUCAAUAAUUUUCUUGGGUCUUCGUUGAUGGAGAACUUAGCAUUGGACAUCAUUCUCCAAUGGGACUCGGAGGAAGCCCGCCAGAAGAUGAUCUUUGGUAGUCACCGGCAAGAGGCAGAGCACUACCUCCAAGCCGUUGACGAAAUCCAGAGCUUUGAUGACCAAAGCGCAAUCCCCAUCGCCAUGGCACGCUUGGAAAACGAAUUUCACAACAUCCUCAUCUCACACACCAUCCCUACUUCCUUCCUUCACCAUCUCAACACCGAAGAAAAAGAAAUUCAAAACAGUUGCGGUUGCUUCCGUUUUCUCCGCUCUGACGCUUCAGAAAAACGGCACGAUGAUGAUGAUAAGCUUCUUCGCUUUGGUGACAUACCUUACGAUGCUAUUAACGACCUGCGUUGCAUCGCGGAAAGGAUGAUAUCAUCUGGGUAUUUGGGCAACUGCGUCCAUGUUUAUGCUAGCGUUAGGAAAUCUGUUUUUGUUGCCACUUUGCAGAGGUUGGGCAUCGGUGAUGUUCAGCUUCCGCUUGAGGCCAAGAUCCAGCGUUGGACAGAGGCUUCUACGGUUUGCGUUAGGACCCUGUUUUCUACAGAGAAGAGCCUGUGUGAGGAUAUCUUUGAUGGGGUUGGUCCUGAAAUUGAUCAUGCUUGCUUCAUGGAAACUGUGAAGGAACCUGCCAUUCAGCUUCUCAACUAUGCUGAUGCUACUUGCAUAAGCUCCCCCUCAUCCCCUCACAUGCUGUUCAUGAUUCUAGACCUGUAUGAAACUUUAGCUGAUUUUGAUAUUGUUUUUGACUUCAAAUCCUGCGAGUCCAUACGUGUUAUGACUGCUGAGGUUCUGCCUCGAUUGGUUUGUGCUGUAAGAAACACUUUGUCUCUAUUUGAAAUAACUGUGUUUCAGGACACGUCUAAGGUUGUUGUCCCUGGUGGAGCAAUUCACCCCAUCACCACCUAUGUCAUGAAUUACUUAAAAUUUAUCUCUGAUUACAAGCAAUCUUUGAAUAAACUUAUAGUUUCUAAGCCAUCGUUCUCCCCAGAUUUGAUGAAUUUUGCUUUCAUCACAGAGGAGGAAGAAGGAAAAACCCCUUUGGCAAUUCACUUAAUUUGGAUUAUUGAGAUUUUGCAAUUUAAUUUGGAUGUUAAUUCAAAGCAAUAUAAGGAUUCAUCAUUGUCCCACCUGUUCAUGAUGAACAAUGUCCACUGCAUUGUUAAUGGGGUGAAACGGUGUUCUGAUUUGAGGGAGAUGAUUGGAGAUAAUUAUUUGAGGAAGCUAAUCAGGGAAGUCCAGAAAGCAGCCACUAGGUACGAGAGAGCAACUUGGGGGAGGGUAUUGGAUUGUUUAAAAUAUGAGGGAUUGUAUGCGAAAAAAGGCAGGGGCUUCUCAAAGAGUGCAGUGAGAAAAAGAAUUAAGCGCUUCAAUGCUAUGUUUAAAAAGGUUCAUAAGACUCAAGCUGUUUGGUCAAUACCGGAUUCGCAACUUAGGGAGGACCUUAAAAACUCUAUAUUACAGAAGCUGAUCCCAGCCUAUAGGAUAUUUGUUGGUUUUCAAGUGUUCGGUGACCUCUUAGGGAACUACUUUAAGUAUUUUGUUCAGGACCUACAGGCUGCUGUUUUGGAUCUUUUUGAAGGAAUCCCUGUUUCCCAGCACUGAGAGGAGGAGAUCUCAACCAUGCAAUUUGAGCAUCCUAUGCAAUUUAAUGAGGCACAUACUCAAAUGCGUUAUGAGUGAGGACCAUGAAACUUUCAAUGCAUAUAUGAUUUUGGUUGUAGGUGCUUUGUGUUUAUUUGGGUUUCAAAAUGAAGAAAUGCCUCACAAACUCCUGGGAACCAUAGCAUUUACCUUGAUGAAAUGUGAGCUAAUGGAUAUUGUUUCGAAAUCGUCAUCUAUAUUUAUAUACCAGACUUUUAGCUGCUUGUAUGGUCCUAAUUUUAUUUAUUGAAUUUGA